AUGCUAUCUCUCACAGCUCACGCCCAAAUCCCAACCUCAAACCACUGCGUCGCUUGCUUCAACUCUCGUCUCGCCCCCGCCUUCAUUUUCGUGUGGAACCCCAAGAAAUUUCUAAACUUCAGUUUCCAGUUGAACGAAGAGAGGCGGGCAGCGCUCAAAUCAGGGACUAAUCUCGACAGGUCUUGGUGCUGCGGGUCCCACCAGGGUGACGGGGACGUGGAAUUGGAGGCCGAGAUAAUGGAUUUCAUGGCCAAGUCGGAGAAACCUUCUAUGUUCCCGACAAAGGAGGAGUUGGUGAGAGCUAUAAAGGAGAGAGGCGGGUGGUAUUCUCUUGGUUGGGACGAUCAAAAUGCGGAGGAAACAACCGAUUUUGAUAUUGCGGAGUUCCACAGUAGAAUUGAGAGUUGUAAACAGACUGCUUCCUCGAGUUUCGUUGACGAGGAGCUCCCUGGUUCAUCCUUAUUGGAGACAUCACACUCAGAUUUCUUUCUCUCUUCUUCCUUUUUUUUCCUGUGA